GUGUGCGUCGUCGGCGGCGGCCCGACCGGGCUCGCGCUGAGCGCGCUGCUGUCGCGACACGGCGUCGCGAGCGCGACGCUCGAGCGUCGCGAUGCGCCGUCGACGCACCCGCGCGCGCACUUCGUGAACGCGCGCACGAUGGAGGUGUUUCGAGGCGUCGACGGGGACCUCGCGCGCGCGUGCGUCGACGACGCGCCGGCGCUGGCGCAGUGGCGGUGGUUCAGGUACGCGACGUCGCUGACGAACGGCGCGGCGCUCGGCGCGGUGGAUCAGUUCGACGGCGCGACGACGGCGAGGACGAAGGCGUCGCCGACGCAUUCGACGCACUUUUCGCAACAUAAAUUGACGCGAGCGUUGAUGCGACGCGCGAGGGAAGCGCACGCGGAGGGCGCGUCGGGGGUGAUCGAGGACGCGCGCGUGGAAGAGGUGCGAGCGGACGCGGAGGGCGUGACGGUGCGCGCGGAGGUCGGGGCGGGGGGGGGGACGCUGGAGAUUCGAGCCGAGUAUUGCGUCGUCGCCGACGGCGCGAAUAGCGAGACGCGGACGCGAUUGGGGAUCGCGAUGCGAGGGAAACGGGAUCUGCAGCGACUCGUGAACGUACACUUUAAAUCGCGGGAUUUGGCGAACGAUCUCGUCGACGAUCCCGCGAUGUUGUACUUUGUGUUCAAUCCGGACGCCGUCGUCGUCGUCGUCGCGCACGAUUUGCGCGAAGGCGAGUUCGUGGCGCAGAUUCCGUACUUACCGCCGGUUCAGGACGCGAGCGACUUCACGCGCGCGGUGUGCGAACGGAUCCUGCGUUCGGCGAUCGGUUGGCGCGACGGAGAGACGUCGAAAAAGCUCGAGAUUCUCGACGUGCGCGCGUGGACAAUGUCCGCCGAAGUGAGCGAGACGUUUCGCGCGGGCGAAAGAGUUUUUCUCGCCGGUGACGCCGCGCAUCGAUUCCCACCCUCGGGGGGAUUCGGAAUGAACACUGGAAUUCAAGACGCGCAUAAUCUGGCGUGGAAGCUCGCCGCGGUGACGCGCGGGCUUUCCUCGCCGAAGCUGUUGCAAACGUACGAAUCCGAACGUCGGCCGGUGGCUCUGCGAAACACGGCACUGAGCGUCGAGAACUUUGAAGCCGUGCUGAAGAUUCCGACCGCUCUGGGCCUACCACCGAUAGCGGCGAACGCGUUGAGAGACGUCGUGUCGGGAUUGCCUUCGGUCAUCCCGAGUUCGAUGCGAAAGACCAUCUUAGAAGCCGGAUUAGCCGUAGGCCGCGCGCAGUGCGGAUCUCUGCUCACCGCGGAUAACCCGAUCGGCGCCGCGCGUCGCGCAGCCGUGAAACGUAUGUGCGACGACCCGCAAGGCACGUUGAGGCUUCAGUUCCCGAAAGAAGACGUGGGGUUCUCCUACGAGCCCGCCGACGCCGACGGUCUCGCCAGAUUGCACGAGCCCGGCACGCUGCGCGUCGGCGUUCGCGUGCCCCACGCCUGGAUGCAAACGACGCGGGGCGAGCUUUCGACCCUUGACCUCGUCGAUGAAGACGUCACGGGCCCGCGUUUCACUGUGUUCGCGCGAGGGUUCGAUGAUAUUCAAGAGGACACUCUCUCCGAGCCAGGGGGGUUCCCGAUGAGAUUGGUGCGAAUCGUGGACUCACCCACCGACUCGCCCUCGGCCGCGUUCGACGCUUACGGUGCAUGGUUCAAAAAGACCAACCACUUAGGCACGAAGUCAUUAGUAUUAGUUCGACCUGACGCGCACGUUGCGUGCAUCACGAGCGAUCCAUCUGAAGUGGUAGUCGCUUUGCGCGAGGCGUCGUCGAGUCCCGCUAAAAACCAUUAG